GUUUUAGUGGUUCUAAGCAACAAUUUUUGAAAAAAAAACUAUCAUGAGUCAACAUCAAGAAUCAUCCAAAAUAGAUGUUAAGUUUGUUGACUUAAUAAGUGACACGGUGACGAAACCAGACAUCCAUAUGCGGCAAGCCAUGUUUGAAGCAGAAGUUGGAGACGAUGGUUAUCGAGAAGACCCAACCGUAUAUUAUUAUCAGCAAAAACGCUUGCAGAAAUAUAAAGCAGCGGGGGAGCCAAAUAAAAACAUAUCGGUUUAUAAAUUUGAAUUCCACCAUAUAAAGAUUCUCAUGAUAGCUCACAUGGACGAUAAACGAGGAUGUGAAGUAAUAGUUGGUAACAAAAGUCACAUUCUGCUGUUUGAACAGAGUGGAGCUGCUCAGUUUGCAGGUUUGCAAAUGCGAGAAGUUAGUAAUUUGCCAGAUGGUUCAUUAGAUAUGACCGAGUUACGUGAAAAAUUUCGACCAUCGAAUCCACAUGACUACGAAUCUUAUACAUCGUUAGUAUGCAUAGAAAACAGCCACAACUAUCUUGGUGGUGUAGUAAUUCCUCUUGAGUGGCUUGAUCAAUUAGGAAAAUUUGUCAAGGAAARAAACGUGCCGUUGCAUAUGGAUGGGGCUCGAGUGUUUAACGCAGCGGUUCACCUUGGUGUUYCCGUCAGUCGAAUAACUGAACACUGCGAUUCCGURACGUUCUGUCUGAGCAAAGGACUCGGGGCGCCUAUUGGUGCGGUUUUGGUGGGCAACAAAAUGUUUAUCGAUAGGUGUCGAAGAAUCAGAAAAUCCUUGGGUGGGUCUAUGCGCCAAUCGGGGAUCGUGGCCGCAGCUGGCGUGUAUGCUUUAGAUAACUGCGUGGAAAGGCUGGCCGUAGAUCACUGGCACGCUAAGAAAAUUGGAAAUGCCAUCCAUCAAAUGGCCAGUUCUGACGUGUCCGUUAACUUGGAGAAAAUCGAAACCAAUAUACUGAAUUUAAAGUUAAAUAAUUUGAAGAUCAAAUCAGUUGACUUCUACAACAUGUUGUUAACGGUCGACAACAAAAUUGAUGAUAAUCCGAACAAAGUAAAUUUAACGUCUGUUAGAAUAUCAUAUUUAUACGAAGGAAGUGUGAGAUUGGUUUUGCACAAAAACAUUUCAGAGGAAGACGUGGAUAUGGCUAUUGAGAAGAUAAAAUACGUUAUUGGAAAAAUCAGUUCCUCUAAUUAAAAGAGUAUUGUACAACAGAUACCAAGCUGACAACAAAUGAAAAUUAUUGUACUUGUACUCGUACUAAUAAUAAUAUGUUACAUACUUAUCGGUUAUUAGUUUUUAAUAUUCAUCGAAUAUAAAAUUUACCAAUUAAGAAUCAAGUCAAAAGAAACGUUAAUUUUAUAAAAUAGUUUGAAUUAUUAAUUUAAUUUAAUAUUAAGUGCUAAUUUAUAUUA